AUGGAAACAAACUACAGAUCGUUUAUUUUAAGGAUAGCAGAAAAUAUCACAAAAGAAAAGCUGGAACAAAUGAAAUACUUAUGCGUGGAUUUUAUUUCAGAAGGAAAACUUGAGACGAUCACUUCUCCCUUGCAACUCUUUAGAGAGCUUGAAAGGCUCAAAAUGAUGGACAUUGACAAUCUAUCAUUUUUAAGGGAACUUUUAGGGAACGUCACGUGUUUAGAGCUGGUAGGGAGACUAAACGACUUUAUUUUACGACGAAAACUCUGCCUAGAGGAACAAAGAAAACAGCUAAGAUAUGGCAAAGACCUCUGCGAUGCAGUAGUCAAAUGUUUAGUGAUGGGAGAAAGCAGAGGGGAUCAGCCUCUUAGUCGCACAGAAGCAUUGAAGACGUCGGGUGAGUGUCUUGUUUCUUGAGGCACGGAGUCAACAACCCCUCCCCCCGUCCCCCAAACCCAAACAGUCACGCACAAAUAUAGCAAUGGAUGCCAUGGAUCUACUCAAGUUCGCUAAUUGCUUGGAACCAGAAACCCAGAUAACCGAUCCAAGAUCUUGGAUCUUCCUGCUUAUUCCCACAACCACCUUCCCCUACAUUUUCUCAUCCAUGCAGUUAAGGUCUAACAGCCUAGAGUAAGUGUCAUGAAGAACAAUCAGUAAUUGGAUUGGUUGAUGAUAUAUCUUCGGUAUAUAGUUAAGUAGGAAAAAGGGGAAUGUUUGAACAAAAAAGACAGUUGAAGAAGUUCACAAAUCAUUUAAAAGUUCUGAAUUUGUCAUACAUGCAUUUCUCACACAUCUUUCAAAAUAAAAAGUAAAAUCUGGAGGAUAUGUUUAUUCUAGGCAGCCAGGCUCCAUUUAAGUGGGGCUGAAUGACAGAAAAUGGCACAGGGAAAGAGCAAUUAUUGGAUGAGGUUGAGCAUGACAUCAUUUAUUAACUACCAAACCAAGGUCUUGGUUAUCUCUCAAAGCUGAAGGUUAAGGCAGAUAACACUGACAUGAAUUUGGCAAUCCAUGAUAUCAUGCAAAAGCCAAAUUCAAUAAUUGUUUUAUAAUACAUUUUUCACACAACCUGCAAAAGAAGAAACCUCUCUGAAUUUGUAAAAGUUUGAGAACACUACAUGGACAGGGAGUUUAAUUAGGGCUGACUUUGAACUCAACCUGAUAACUGCAAUACCACCUGUAGAUUCUGGGUUCUCAUAUCAUCUUCACUGACACACUAUAGUAUAUUGAUAGAAUGCUCUUGACCAAUCAGAUUUUUCAUAGAAAGUCGAAAGCAUUAUUAUAAUAAUGUCAUUAAGCUCACAGAACUACACAGAACCCAACUGAAAAAUAACCCCAUUGUAAAAAGUUAUCACAACUGCUUUCUAAUGAUGGUAACUAUGGUUAUUUUUGACUUGAAACAAAUUUAUUGAAAACAUGAAAAGGAUCAUGCAGUGACUAAAGAGCAAUGACUGUAUUUAAUGGUGGGAUGAUCAUUUUUUUAGGUGGAAGGCAGGUGGAUGAAGAGGAGCUCAGGUUACAGAAUAGAUGUCCUUGUGUAGUUCAUCGUCCUCCAAAUGAAAGAGAGCCAAGAGGUAAACUGUAUUUGCCUUAAUACAUUGUCACUGUUUGCACUAGGGCUCAUGGAUCAGAAGUGACUUGGAUUUUUGCUUCUCUUCUGGGUGGGAUGUUACUUUUCUCAGAAGCGAGAUAGUACUUGAAAAAUAAAAGUAUACCUUUCAACCUACUGAAGACAGAAGAGAUCAAAUAACCUGUUUUAAAUUGAACAUGUUGGUUCUUAGGGUGGGAGAAAAACUGGAGGAGUUGGGGGAAUAACCUGUGAAGAAGGAUAAAAACCAUCAAUUAACCCAUAAGUUAGAUCAGAACUUACAAUUGCACCUAGUGCUGUGAGGGAAGGGGAUGAGACAGGCAUUCUUAAUGACUACACCAGGAAUGGCUCCAUUAUAUUUUCAGUUGAUGAAAAGUUAACAUAACACAGUGACCUAAUAGCUGAUCCAGGGUUACAACCAGGUCUCCUGGUUGAUCAGGGUCCAGUUGUUAGAAAAGCAGUUGUAACUAAUUGCCCAUUAAUUUCUCUUGUAUCAAUGCACACACCAGAGCACUGGCUAUUGCAUAUUUGAGUUUCAUUGAGGCAAAACAUAAGAAACGUAAGAAAUAAUCAAAGUAGAAUUUGUAGACUACCUACAUACUAGUACACCUAUUUCACAAAUUAAUCUUACUAUAUGCCUAGGUUAAAGUAAUAAUUUUUUUAACAACUCAGCCCUGGAGUCCAAUCCACAAGUGCUGAGGUCCAAAUUCUUACUGUAUCAUGUGGACUAAAAAUAAGUAAGAAUUUGUAACAAAUGGAAAGCAGAUGGUCCAAUUGAGACUAAUGCCAACAACUGACAAGUGGCUUCACUUUCAAAAAUUCAUUCCACAUAGAAAUUUCUCUUCAUGUUGCUGUUAAGUUGGCCUCAAAAGGUGCUUGGUUUGCUGGAACAUUCUUUAUCCUCAAGAGGUACAUAAAUGAUCCUGUGACUCUUGCUGGCUUGUUUGCAUCAGUGGUCCUUCCAUCAGGAGUAAUGAUAAAGUACCUUUGUGAAGGUUCUAUCAUUUGUGUGUUAGAAGCAACUCAUCUGCCAGGGCUACAGGAAUUGUGGCUAAAUUAUCAAAGUGGCAAGCUUCUAGAAGCUUUGGAAGAGGUUUUGAUCACAGAGGAACUAAAAGCACUAGCAGAUGGCAAAGAGAUAACAAUGAGUGUAACUCUAGAUGAGAAUAUUUACCGUGAAGUAUGUUUGGAACUCAUGGUUGUUAAACAAAAGGGUAAGGUUCCAGCUCAGGGGGUAAAUGGGAUUAAAGAAGAGUGGGACAAGGGAAAAUCGAUAGGAAAAAAGUAGUUGAAACCUCAAUUCUUGGGGUUCCUCAGAAUUAAACCAAUGAAAAGCCAUUAGCCAAAAUUACAAUCUCAAAAGACUUAUCUUUUUUCAAUUGUGACAUUAAGAGAAGUAAAGCCUCCAUAAGAUAACAAAUUCACAAGAUGUACUUUCAUGCCUGGAUAUAAUAAUAGACACCUGGUGUACAACAAGUCAAAUCAAAAGAAUAUAGCUAGCAAGGUAGUACUUGUUAACAGGUAUUUAGAAGAAUGUAUCACUUUGGUUAACCAACAUCAAUUUCAUGCAAUUUGCCUCUAACAGUUUGUCUACUGAAAAACCAAUCUCAACAGUGGCAGAUCCAGACCAUGAGCUAAGGUUUUUUGUCACUUGCCCUGCCAGCUUUUCUUCCUUCUGUGAUUCUUUUUUUUUAUUACACAAAAUAAGGGAGGGGCUAAGCCCCCCAGGCCCCUAGAUCUGUCACUGCUCAAUCAGGCUCUCAAAAAGCCUCACCUAUGAAUUUCAAAAAUGAAAAAGGAAAAAAAAAAAAAAAAAAGAAAAAUAAACUUUUCAUGACUUGGAUCCUGAAAAACCUCCUGGGAAAUUUCACUCAUCUAGAAAGUGUUCCCUAUUGCUAGUAUUUUGCAUCUUUCCACCUGCAACCUUUAUUGUAAAAAAAAAGAUUGAAAGUGGCCAAAUUAAAUUCUAUACUACAGUAUUAUUUGGUGAAUAUAUCUGUGGAAUUUUAUUAAUCUACUUGGUCAAUGAAUUUCACAGUUGAUCAAACUUUUGGAAAUGUUCAACAGAGACCACGCAGUUUAUCUGACAGUCAGAUUAAUUUCUUUCAAAAACCUUGGACCACCUCCCAAGAAAAGAGCUUGCACAUUUUGGCUAAAGCAGAGAGAUCACGACGCAAGAGGGCUGAAAAAAAAUUGGUGAACAUGCUUGCUUAUCAAUCUUUUGAAGCCGAUUUCCAGUCUGAGUUCAGUCUCUUAAUUGGUGAGAAAGGCCAAGAGACAGAUGGUGAUGAAAGUUCAUCAGUGACCAGCAGUACCACAGAAGGUUAGUUUUUCCUGCUACCAAAACUAAAUAACUACCAGCUGUUGAUCUCUAUUGGUCUAUAUUUACAGAACUUGCCUUUGUUUCAGUGGCAAGAAAGAACUACUGAGGAUGUAUGAUUAUUCUCCUUGGAUGGGAUACCACACCAUAAAAGGGUCACCUUUGGCCCCAUCCCCCCCCCCUUUCAGCAUAUUCAAGGCUUUCUUAACAUUUUGCCACUAUUUAUUUAAAUUUUUGGGUGAAGAGGCUAUGUGAGUAAAAGUGACUUGGCAAACUUCACAACACAGCUAUUGUGACCUAAAUGAAUGCUUUUACUAGAGAAGAUUUGCAUUCUUUAUUGUGUUAAGUAUGGCUACUUAAUUGAUUAAUUUACAGGUAGGCACCUAAGAAAAACCAAGUGCUCCACCUUGUAAAUAGUAUGGGGUUUUCUCUAAUACCAUCUCUGUACAUGUUUUAAUUUUUAUUAUACAGUUAUAUAACUGUAUAAUAAAAAUAAACACAUGUAUAUGGUGCAUCAUAUUUUAUUUAAAUUGCAAAUCAUAUACUGUAGUACACACAUUUGCUCUGACAAAGGGCCAACAAUCAAAAUGUCACCUACGAAACUCUUUGCAGUUUCUUUAGAAACUUAAUACAUGCACUGAUAAAAUUCCAGCACAACUUUGAUUUCAUUGCUUGUCAAGUAUACAAUUGACUUUUUGUAUGAACCACUCUUUAAUUGAUCAUCUUCACAGAGGAGCUCCUUGAUUUUGAAGAAGCAAAUAAUGAACUGUCUGACUUCUGGUCAUCCAUAAAAGGUGGUCCGAAAGAAAAGGUGCAACUGUAAUUGUUUACUUUCAAUUUCACAAGAGAGGCAUCCUUAUGAAUGUCCUUCACAUCACUUUCCUUCUUCCCCCUUCUUGUUAAGCUCUGUCUAUAUACAAGCAGAACUAUGACACUAUUGCUCUCUAGAACCUACAGUAAACUUUUUUUCAUUUUAAAAUACAUCUGCCAAACAAUAACUACAAUGAUACAACAGAGAUGUAUGAUAGAAUAACAAAAUCCACCUUAAAAAACAAUUUAAAAAGCAACAAGGUUACAGGUUCAACAGGUAAUUUGGUACAAACCUGUUUCAUACCCAGCUAGGUUGAUUGGUACCCAGUCAGUUGAGUCAUUUUGUACCCAAACUGUGAGUCAGAGUAUGCUUUACCUGUUAAGCACAUUUUAAGUAAUUUCAGUUUUCAUAGAACAUAUUUUGUUUAUGUGGCAUGCAUUUUUUUAAAUGUGACCACCAAAGGGAGACAAACAAAUACACAAACUAGUUGUUUCUGAUUCAAAGGUCACAAGUAUACAACUGAAUUUUGUUUGUCUCUAAUUCCCUUGACUCUACUGAAUUUUCAUAUGCAAUCAACAUCUGCUCACAUGCUUGCAUGUGAGGUGUUUUGAAUGAAUGUAUGUUGAGACUGGUACAAAUUGACCUGCGGUUUGGGUAUGAAAUGAUUUGAUACCCUACUAAAAUGCACAUUAACAUCUCUUAAUUAUUGAGCACUGUUUUUUAGGACUAAUGACAGAUUCUUUCACACCAUUCCAAAAAGACCCCUCUGCAACCGACCUAACUGUGCAAAAUAUGAUAAGAAAAAUAAAGGACUGAACAGCUUCUUGACUAACUUAUACUUAUUUUGACUUAUUUUAUUGUCUUACAGAAAGGGAUCCCAUAAUAUGGCAAAAAGAAAUAAUAAAAAUUACAUAGGUUUACAUGACAUUAUUAUGCUAAAAUCUGUUUUAUAUAGAGUUGGAAGGACUUUGAAGGUGCUGUCAAGGGAUCAUAUUCAGAAUACCUACAGCAUGAAGGAAUUGCCUUGUUAAAAUUUCUUAUGUAUGUCCUCAUGGGCAAAUAUGGUAAGGACUAGUCAGAGCUAUCUUAUAUAGAUACAAAGAAAUUCUGCAUAAGUAGUCAAUAAUAACACAGUUAGUUCAAAUAACUGUCACUUUAACUGCACCAUGCAAGAUAACCAAAACACCAAGAAAGAUUGAUUAACUGUCAACCUACCUAUCUACAAUAAUGCUGACAACAUACGUGUGCUAUGACAAAGUGAAAGUGCAGACAUUUCCCAAUAAAAAUGCCUAGCAUGUUGAGGACAUUUCUCAUUUAGUUGGGAAGGUCAAAAAAUGGUGCUGAUAAACAUUUUAGUUUUGAGAAGGUGAAAAUGUACAUGCCUGUCAAAAAAAAUCUAUUUUAAUAAAAUGUCAUUGAUAGUAACCUCCUCCUCAACCGAUCAAAAACCAGUUUUUUACAUGGUGGAAAUGGAGGAACCCCUUAGUGGGUUGCUAAGGUACUGCAGUUUACCAUGCACAAUGACUGAUUCCUAGCAUCCAUACACUCUACUGCAGUCAGUGCACCUAGGACCACAUCACAAUGGGACCCAUAAAUGGUACAGUACAAAGAGCUUGGUAACCAAGUUUGGUCACCAAAUCUCCCGACACUGCCUUAACCUGAUGCUAAAUUUAAGUUGUUGUACUUAAAAAAUGUUUAGAAAAAAAGGAAUCUGCACCUGUCUACCGCCAUAACUUCAUAAGACUCUCAGUGUGGUUUGGAUCUCCCAAUGAAGGAAUGCAAGGCUGCCUAAAGAAGGUAAAAGAAAGGAGUUACAAAUGCCAAUAAUAUUAAUAAGAGUAACGCAAAACCACAUAUUAAAUACUAUUCCUUCAACACAAUAUAAUGAUUACAGAAUUUACCUAGUACAUACAGCCAGUACAUCUCCACUGAUUGUAAUUUUUAAAUUCUACACUGCAGUAUAAUUACUUUGUGAUGACCUGAGAGCUUGACUUGUGACUGUUUGUAAAUUUUUUCAGCUAUAGAUAACUACACUCUAAUCACAUGUUACCAUUACAUAUUAGUUAACUCAUUCUUGAUAGUAUAUCAACUACAGAAAUGAUGACUGUGAUGACAAUUAAAACAUUUCAUUUACAGGUACAAUAAUCCUAUAAACACUAUCACGAGCAGCAUUGCAGAAGGAAAAAUUGUUAUGAUGAUGUGCAUGUAAUUAAUGUUGACCAUAUGCUUAAAAAAAAAAACAGACAAGAUUUGUGGAUCAAUAGAAGAAUAAAAACACAUUUUAUUUACUUUUCAAGGAAAAUGCCAAACCUUUAAAAGUUCCAAAAUACAGUGUAACUGUUACAAUUGCCCUCUAAAAAAUUUCAACCUUGCCCUGCCACAAUUUUGCUUAACUUCAUGAAGUACAGAUGAUGCCUCUUUUUAAAAAAAGCUCAAAGAGGAGUAUGCCAACAGCGCAACUAAGAGAUAUGACACUUAACUACAACUUUAACCUUUAGAUGCUCCAUCUGAUGAAGAACUCAGUUUCUGUUGAUGCUGAUGGUAAAAGAACAAGGUAAAUAUAGUUAAUAGUUAGUUUUACUGGUACCUUAAAUUAGUUUAGGUUUGGGUUACCAAACUUUUGCAUGAUUAUGACCCUCCCAACCCCCCAAAAAAAAAAAAAAAUUUUGGCCAAUUAGGCCAACAAAGGUGUAAAAUUCAGCAAGCACAUCAUGUGAACUAGAAAUUGUAAAAUCUUACUGGAUGAAAAUCACACAAACUGUUUCAUCUUCCUCAGCUGGUUUGCUGGAUAUAUGUCAGAAGAAGAGGCCAAAAAGAAACUGCAGAGUGAAAAAAGGGGAGCCUUCUUGGUCCGGUUCAAAUGUUACGGUCAACCAGGCUUUUUGCUGACCAAAAAGUCCCGUAAUGGUCUAAGUAUUGUUGACUUUCCAAUCGAGGUAAGUAACAUUAAAAAUGUUAGGUUUUCUUCAUGCUAAAAACAUGACUUCAGUAAAUUCUUUUGAAAAUCUUAACUUCUCACAAUUUUUAGGACUUCAUUUUGAGCUCUGGAUGAGGUCAGAGUUUUGUGUACUAAAAUGAUUAUCUGACAAGAUUACAGGGAAACCUGGUUACAUGCUGAGGGUAAACUGUAUACAAGAGGGAACAUUCUCUUCAGGGAGAGUAAAUGAUUCAAGCCUAUUGGUGUUGAAGAAAAUGUGGACACAUAGCAUGCAGGCCAUUUCUAAUCAAUUUCAGGCAUUGAAAUUGUUGGGCUGAAGAAAAUAAAACUUAAUGUAGAUGUAAUUUGCUCCUCUGUUUUUCUAUUUCAUUGGAUUCCAAUAUGAACUUCAGUAUCAUGGUAAUGUUAUCUUUUUUAAAAUCCUUCAAAUAGGUCGUUAGAGACACAGGAAAACUAUCAUUUAAUGAUCGAGAUUUCCCAGAUCUUCCCUCCUUGAUGACAGAGUUGAGGAAGUCAUGGAUGACAGACCUACAACCUUUUUAUUCUAUGGAAGGAUUUUGAAGAAACCCAACCCUAACAAAGUUUUAUCAAGGAGCCAGGUUCUAAAUAUAUUAUUAACUUUUCAUUCCCAACCUGUCGCAUCAUAUUAUGUAAUUUUCAAAACUAUACAUUACUGUAGUUCCUUUGACAGCUGAGAAUUUAUGUAAUUUCUGAUGUUUGACUGACAUGGGAACCAAUAUGUCAGAAAUUUUUAUUCUGAUGGCAUUUUGAAGUGGUUUGUGUGGCAUCAUGGAAGUUUUGGAUCAUGUAAGCAUUUUGCAGGAAAAUUAAGUCAUUCUAGGUCGGUAAGUCUUACGUUUGACCACUUUCUUUUUUAUAUUUCUUGUAAUUUUGGUAGUAAUUAAUACUGCAACCAGGUUAGUUUACCCGGUCCUCAGGGUAUUGUGCUGCAGCAUUUGAUGAGGAACACAUUUCCACUCAUUUUUUGGCCACAUUUAAUGAGUGGUUUUUAGUGGUUUUUUUAUAUCUGGUGCAGCACAGGUUCUUCAUGUAGAACCCCUAGUUUUAUUAUAACAUUGUAUCAGGAUCUGUAUACUAGAAGACUGACCAACUCAUCCUG